CAUUCAUUAGUUGUUCGCUAUUAAUUUAUUUCGGAGAGGUUGUGGUCAGAAUUGAGACUUAGAGAACAAUUGCUGGAGGCACAGCUAGUUGAACAUUGCGAAUACCACCAAACCGAGACGGCUCAGUAGACGAGCGGAAUUUAGCGAUCCCCAGUCUGGCGGGUUCCACUGAUGUAAUGACUCAACAAUAUCUAACGUAGGCGCGCCGAACCGACUCCAUGGACGUUGGACUGCCCGCAUAUGUUCCCCGGCCAACGAUAUGGCAAGUCCUGUAUAUGUGGUCGGGCUAAACGGCAAGUGGUUUAUCUGAGAAAUUCUCCCGACGAAUUACUACUCAAGAUGGCAGGCCCAUAAUCAACGGAGCGAUAUCAAGCUACACACAGGUUCUAGCCCAUGGCUUAGUGCUGAAGACGCAGCGUGAUGAACUUACCUCGGUACGAUCGGCCACAGCUUGAGGCUGAGCAAGGCAAUCCACUAUGUCCAACAGCAAGCCAGUAAAUGGUGCAAAUUACUGGCUUCAGCCAAGGAACAGAAUAGCAAGAAUGGCUCCCAGGGUAGUGGCAAGGUCGUGAUGAACGCUGGGCCAGUGACGCGAGCAGGCGAGGAGGAGAAUGGUUCGAUUGGUUCGCCAAGUCCCGACUCCAAGACUGGCGCGUUGAUUUGGUCUCUCAAUGGAUCCCCGCCCAAGACAAAGAAAAAGACAUCCCCUCCUCUGAAAAAAAGUUUCUCUGAUGCAGACGGGUCUCAGUCCUCCACCAGUGCCUCGACCAGUGAUGGUCUGAAAUUCAGCCGAACUAGCAACGGCAUUCCCCCAAAGGCAGUGGGGAUAGCCUCGCCCCCAAGGCCCACCAGAAGAGUGCCAAGUUUGAAACUUAAGCGGUUAUCGAUGGGGACAAAAUCUUUUGAAAAGUCGGAAGCAACGAUACCAUGUCUGCCUCAAAACUCGAACAACCCCUGCAUCACGAUUACUAUGGACUCGGAUGAUGACUCGGUGUACAGUGAUUACCUGAGUCCAGAGAUCAACUACAAAAACGACAUCAAAGUUCAGUUCUUAGGAGACGACGUCAGUUUGUACGGGACACCUAAAGAAGAACUCAUGCCGCCUUCCCAGGAAAACGACGUAAAGCAGAGGGCGGGGAGCUUCCUCCGCGACCAGAUCAUAUCAUUUUUCCAACCUUCCGACAACAAACUAGCCAUGAAGCUGUUUGGCAACAGAAAUGCUUUAAUAAAAGAGAAAAUGCGUCAUCGGAAGGUCGGCAACUGGGUCAUUCAUCCAUGUAGUAAUUUCAGAUUUUAUUGGGACCUAUUUAUGCUGGUUUUGUUAAUCGCCAACCUCAUUAUCCUGCCAGUAGCCAUUUCAUUUUUCAACGAUGAUCUCAGCACUCACUGGAUUGUUUUUAACUGUAUAUCUGACACGGUAUUUUUUCUAGACAUAAUUAUCAACUUUAGGACAGGCGUGAUCACCAAUGAUUUUGCUGAUGAAAUUAUCCUCGACCCGAAGCUUAUAGCCAAACAUUAUAUGAAAACCUGGUUUUUCUUAGACCUUGUCAGCUCAAUUCCCGUGGACUAUAUUUUUCUAAUGUGGGACGCCGAGGCCGACUUCAGUCAGUUGUUCCACGCAGGUAGAGCCCUCCGCAUGCUUCGCUUGGCCAAGCUCUUGAGUUUGUUAAGACUCCUGCGACUCUCCAGACUUGUGCGAUACGUCCAACAAUGGGAGGAGUUUCUUGCUCUGGCUGGGAAAUUUAUGAGAAUAUUUAACCUGAUCUGUCUAAUGUUCCUUCUGGGUCACUGGAAUGGCUGUCUGCAGUUUCUAAUCCCCAUGUUGCAGGAGUUUCCCAGAGACUGCUGGGUCUCUCUAGAAGAGCUGCAGGACGCCACGUGGAUGAAGCAAUACACGUGGGCGCUGUUCAAGGCUCUGUCGCACAUGCUGUGUAUCGGUUACGGGAAGUUCCCGCCCCAGAAUAUGACGGACACAUGGCUUACCAUUCUCAGCAUGCUCAGUGGAGCUACCUUCUAUGCACUGUUCUUAGGCCACACUACCACACUUAUACAGUCUUUUGAUACCUCUAGACGGUUAUACAACGAAAAAAUAAAAGAAGUAGAAGAAUACAUGCUCAGUAGAAAACUUCCAAGGAAGUUGCGCGACAGAAUUACAGAGUACUACGAGCACAAAUACCAAGGGAAAAUGUUUGACGAAGAAAACAUCCUUGGGGAACUCAAUGAAUGUCUUCGAACGGAAAUCAUCAAUCACAACUGCCGCGCCCUGGUUGCCUCCGUGCCUUUCUUCACCCAUGCUGAUCCCAGUUUUGUGUCCGAGGUUGUCAGUAAGCUGAAAUAUGAAGUGUUCCAGCCCGGAGACUACAUCAUCAAGGAAGGGAACAUCGGGACAAAGAUGUACUUUAUCCAAGAGGGCAUUGUUGACGUGAUCACGAAGGACGGAGAAGUGGCAACUAGUCUGUCAGACGGCUCAUAUUUUGGUGAAAUCUGUUUACUGACCAACACGAAAAGGGUGGCAAGCGUGAGAGCUGAGACUUAUGUAAAUUUGUAUUCGUUGUCUGUGGAGCAUUUCAAUGCGGUUCUGGAGCAUUACCCUGUGAUGAGAAGGACAAUGGAGAGUGUGGCUGCCGAGAGACUUACGAAGAUCGGGAAGAACCCGAGUAUCGUAAGUAGUCGCGCGGAUCUGGAAGAAGACCAAAAAUUAGUGAACGAAAUUGUGAUGGAAUCCACGCCGGUGGCUACGAGCGCGAGUGAAGACGAAGAUAGGGAUUCUGAUGACAGCUUCGAAAACAAACCCAAAAAGAAAUUUAAGUUUGAUUUCCCAAUCACUUUGCAAAAGAUUUCUGAACACAGAGAAGGAAAAGAAUCCAAGGUGAAAACUCCCUCUGAUGCUAGAGAACGUGCAGUAGCCUUUUUCACGGAAAGAAAGUUCUCUAAGAAGUCUUUCCAUAAACUGCCCAAAGUGGCAUCGGGCUCUAAUUUGCUUAGCCUAAAGGUGCCAGAAGUGAGUGACCGAAAACGAUCAGGGAGUGUUGGGGACGCGCUAGGCAUCAUUCACGAGAGGAACAGUCCGGAGCCCUCUGAGGAAAUGCUGAACGUGACGCGUCCUUCCGCCGAGAGACGCUUCAGUUUGUUCCGGUUUGACGGACGCGAUUCACGCGAUUCCUCUCGUCACUCCGCGCUCCAGAAUCCACAUUUAAUACAGAGGAGGAGUCCUCCUAAGGAAAACUUGGACACUCUAAAGCCUCCGGAGGAAACGCCUAAGGACGCCAGAGAACGCCGGCCUUCUUCUAGUAGUAUAUCCAGACACUCUAGUUCGCACCAGGACGGUCACUCCGGCUCGCCCUCACCAUUAUAG